AUGUUGAACUGUUAUGUUAUUGCUUUCAUUAUGGUGUUUUCACCAUUUAUUGCAAUAUCAAACGCAAGUGCUGGUGAUGCUGACCCACUUUACAGGAGCUGUGUAAAACAGUGUGAAGAAACUGGAUGCAUCGGGGAGAGAUGUUUUCCAAACUGUAAAAUUGCUUCUGAUGAAGCCCCUAUUGUUGGCCCUCCAUGGAACAUGUUAGGGCCUCUUUAUGCACAAUGGAAAAAGGGACAUUCUAAAAGUAACUGUCGAUACUAUUGCAUGCUUGAUAGAGAGAAAGAAAGGGAGUUACUGAAGAAAGAUCCAGAAAAAUACCAUGGUAAAUGGCUCUUCAAGUGUAUCUAUGGAAUACAGUAUCCUGCUUCCAUGGCUUUCUCUUUCCUCAAUCUUGUAAUGCAUUUUCAUGGUUGGAUGUCUUUUAUCACUCUUCUAUACAAUAAACUUCCUUUAAAGGCACGCAAGAGGCCCUACUAUGACUAUGCUACUUUGUGGCAUAUUUAUGGACUCUUGUCCAUGAAUUCCUGGUUUUGGAGUGCAAUUUUUCAUACUCAAUAUUUUGAGUUAAUAGAGAGGCUAGACUACUUUUCUGCAGUGGCCCUCCUUGGAUAUUCCUUGGUUUUGGCCAUAUUAAGAAGCUUCAAUGUAAAAGAUGAAGCUACUAGAGUUAUGAUUCCUGCUCCAUUGAUAUCUUUUGUGGCCACUCAUAUAAUGUACCUAAACUUCUAUAAACUAGACUAUGAAUGGAACUCGAAAGUUUGUCUAAUAAUGAGUGUAGCACAACUUGUUACAUGGGCAAUUUGGGGUGGUGUCAGUCACCAUCCCUCACGGUGGAAGCUUCUGUUUGUAGUUCUUAUCAGUGGGCUUGCAGUUUCCCUGCAGAUAUAUGAUUUCCCUCCUUACGAAGGACUCAUAGAUGCAGAAGCUCUUAGGCAUGCCAUUACUAUUCCUCUUACCUACCUUUGGUGGAGUUUCAUUAGAGAUGACGCUGCAUUUCUAACCUCUGAACGUUUAAAGAGUUCCAAGAAAUCUAAGUAG